AUGUUAUCCAUCGGAAUAACACCCACCGAUGUCACAUCCAGGUGCCCUGUUGAAAUAUUCAAUCGAGAAGAUAUGUGACUAGGAUAGAACAAUUCCUCAGGAGGUCCGGUGCCCUCCUAAGCGAAUAUAGGCCACGAAACCGGCGCCCUAUAGCUAUUGGCCGCGAAAUCGGGCGCGGAGCGUUCGGGACUGUGAGCAGGAUGUGGGAUGUCAGUAAUACGGAAGAGUGCGCACGUAAGGCGCCGACGACAGAGAGAUUUUUGAGAGAUGCAUGGCGUAAUGAGAUCGCUGCUAUGAGAGGAGUUCGGCAUGACAACAUUGUCGAGCUCCUUGACUGUGAUGAAGGACCGACACCCGCACUGUUCCUGGAGUAUAUACCGCGCGGUGGUUUGAGAGACGAAAUAGAGCGGCGCGAUUUAUCUUAUAGAGAAUGCUGCUUGCUCCUCCAAUGCUCAUCGGGUCUAGAAUACCUCCACGACAAAGGGAUUGCACAUCGCGACAUCAAACCGGAAAACAUUCUCGUCGAGGACCGCGGUAAUUGGCGGAAUCCCGACGAACUCUGGGUCAAGUUAUCUGACUUUGGACUGUCCAGGAUGGGCACUCUACAGACGCAUUGUGGGACAUUGAUGUAUGUCGCGCCUGAGAUACUAUACGGUGAAGGGGGGUAUUUAAAUUUUGUCGACAUCUGGUCCCUUGGAGUCACCGUAUUGGAAGUUUCAUACGAUCUCCCGCAUUUUAAUUUGGAUGCUCGAAGGGGUUCCGUGCAUAUGGCGUGGUGCCGGGCACUAGCAAGAGAAGUGAUGGAACUCGGUGAGCGACGGCCCCCGCGGGGACUAGCUAUUGUCCUCCAAGGAAUGUUGGUUUUUGACCAAACUAGUCGGAUGACGGCAUCUGAAACCGCCAUGAGGACAUCACAAAUUUUGUGUUUGAACGAGCAGGACCUGUUUCUGAAUCCAAACAGAAUCCAUUGCCAGCUUUUUCCCUGGGAGCAAGACGGAACCGGAGCCACUACCCCCUACGAAUUUCCCGGUACAUGAAUUCGAGGACUUUGGCCGUCGAAUUUGAUAUUCGGUCCCCUUCGUCCGACUAGUAGUAGAAGUGACUUAGCAGAAGGAUUUGGUGGUUAUAUAACCAUGGCUAUACCUAGACUUUUGUCUAAGAUAUCGGAUCCGACAUGUGCUUCGCAGUUGAGCGGGAGAUUAGAUGAAGAGUGGUGCGCAACUUUGGCAUUUGUCUAGAUUUAUGUUCUGGCGCCGCUAAAUGAGGUAGCGCUUUAGCUAUGAUCGCUAAAUAGAACUAGCUAUCUGAUGAAAAUAUGAGAUGAGCCAUCUUUCUAGAACAAUGUGAAAAUGAAAAAGACUA